AUGAUUGAAUAAGAGACGCAUAUUGAUAUCUACCACAGUUAUUUUUAAAAUUUUAUUUGUCGGUAUGCAGUAUUUGGUGCACAAAAAAUGGUUUGUUUGUUUAUAUGCCACCAAUUGAAUCAUGUAAUGUCCAUAAUUGGUAGGAGCAAUGCGCGCUUUUUUUUCAUAAAUGGAAAUACAACUGCAUAGUUUUUAGCAUAGUAUUACCACUGCAGUUUGCAACCCAUUUCAUAGCUUCAUUGCCUUACUCUAUAUGGUAAACGCAGUGUUAAAUACUGCGCAUAAGGUAACUAUAUUUAGUUCCCUGCUGAAAUAUCUGAUAGUUUCAGAAGCGAAGCCCAAAAAGGUUUUCUAUAAUCAUAAGUCUUUAGAAUACUAUUGAGCUGUUCUCCGCCUCAAACCGACUAUGUUAUUCUAGCAGAGCCAUAACCUGUUUCUACCAUCAAGCUUUUAAUUUGCCUUACUCUUAUAGCAUUCACUCUCUAUAAUAUAACUUAUGACGUUUGACUCAACUCCAAUUCCUGAUCAUUUCAACAACAUUUGAGCUACGUUAUUUUAAAUUUACUAUGAAGUUAUGACAUUGAACUUGAAAAUUCCUUCUCUGCCUUCCUUGCCCACCUCCGUUCAACAGAGUGUAGAUGAGCUGCUAGCGUGGUGGGGUGAGAGUUUGGCGAGGAAGGGGGUACAGAAUGUUCCAAGAUGGGUGUGGGUGGGUGGGUCAGUGUUAGGGGCAGUGCUUUGCUUCCGAUUCUAUUACCAGUCCACUUAUGGUGUCUGGAAAACACAGGGUAUACCUGGACCAAAGCCAUAUCCUGUUGUGGGUAACAUGCUGGCUUGGAUGACGUGUAAAGACUUCUUUGACAUGGAGGUCGAGGAACACAAGCAAUUUGGAUCUAAAGGAUAUUAUGGGAUCUUCUAUGGAAGCAAGCCAUCCCUAGUUGUUACGGACCCAGAUAUAAUUGCAGAAGUUAUGAUCAAAAAGUUCGACUUGUUCCCGAAUCGAACUGAGGUGAAGGGAUUCGAACCGAAGUAUUUUCGCAAAAACAUUUCCGAUUUACGAGGUGAGGAGUGGAAGAAAGUUAGAAAUGCACUAACGCCGACUUUCACCGGCCUCAAAUUGAAAAAGAUGGUACCCUUCAUGAACGAAAUUGGAAUCCAUCUUGGCGGGAAGUUUGAGCGAAUUCUGGAAACUAGUGCCCAAGAAUUUGAAUUGAAGCCAAUGUUCCGAUCAUGCACGAUGGAUAUCAUUUUGAACAUUGUUUUUGGAAUAAGUGUCGACUCACAGGCGGGUGAGAACGAAAUAGCAAAUGCGUGCAUGAAUAUGACACUUAAAAACGAGCAGCUAUUCAAGAACCCCUUGCGUAUUUUACCGUUCGUGGUGCCUGGACUGGCUAAACUGUGGGGCAUAUUUGAACCCAACUUGGGCUUCAACGUAGACGCCGGAGACGUCACCGCCAAAAUCAUGCUGGACAUACUACAGAAGAAGCAGGAGGGCAAGGAUGACGCAGAGCGCACCUUCUUCCUACACACUCUGGUGGAGAAGUUCGAACUGCACCAGGCCACAAAGGGCAAGGAGGGGCUGGACUUCGAGACCACAGUCGCACAGGCACUCAUCUUCCUGCUGGCGGGAUUUGACACCACUGCCAAUCUGUUGAUGUGGGUCAGUUACUACCUUGCUCUGUAUCCAGAAUUACAAGAAGAAGUGUACACUGAGAUUUGUUCCCUAGCUGGACCAGACGCAGAGGACGACACUUACGAAAACGUUAACAAGAUGCAAUUAUUAGAGAACUUUGUGAUGGAGACUCUAAGACUGAGGUCUGUGUUCAGGACGCAAAGGGAAGCCAUAUCAGACACCACAAUCGGACCAGGCAUCAAAAUCAAAAAAGGUUAUGCAGUUGAAGUAGCAGUGAAUGUAAUUCAUCGGGAUCCAAAGAUUUGGGGAGAUCCGGAGACCUUCAGACCCAGUCGGUUCAACCCGGAGGAGGCCAAGACCCGCUCACCCUACGCUUUCAACGCAUUCGGAAUUGGACCGAGAAACUGCAUCGGAAUGCGACUGGCUCUGUUUGAAGUGAAAAUGGCAUUCGUCAAGAUCCUCUCUAGGUUUCAACUAUCGAUGGGGAAGGAUACCCCAACCGAAGUGACAGAGUUCAUGAAGUCUGGUUUCUAUGAUCCAGUGAAGCCACUGUUUCUUAAAGUAUCCAAACGGGAAUAAAAAGAUUGAAAACUGGUCAAAGAACUAAACAACUUAUUUAGACUAUAAUAGUUUCUAAUAUUUCUAUUUCCCCUUGAAUAUUUAAUGCUAGCUCAAUAA